AUGGCACGGGUACCGUUCAUCGGGAGACUACUUUGGUUUGAGUACAUUGCGCUUUUUGGAUCGCUCAUUCUAGUUUUGCUGGAAGGAAUUGUUCACGUUAUCACUGUCUGUUUGCUCGGAGUUGGGGCUGACUACGCUGUAGCGGAACCGAUCAUCAACUUCUGCUACAAUCAGUCCAAAAUCAUUUUCUAUCUUUUCAUACCUUCCGAGAGACCUUACAAACCUGAUAGCCAGGCUGCAUUGGCUACAUCCAUUGCAAAGGCGUCCGACUUCGCUGAUAUCUGUGCGUUGUUUGGAUACGAGCCGGAAGAACACAUCGUGCAGACCGGCGAUGGCUAUCUUCUUGGGCUCCACCGAUUACCAUACCGGAAGGGCGAGACCGGCAUACGAGUCAACCAUGGUCCUGGUAGCAUUAGGAAAAAGGUCGUGUACUUGCAUCAUGGCCUUCUGAUGUGUAGUGAGGUCUGGAUUGCUUUGACACAUGAACAGCGUUGUCUUCCGUUCCAGCUAGUUGAACGAGGAUACGAUGUAUGGCUCGGGAACAACCGCGGCAACAAGUACUCGAAGAAGUCAACCAAGUACUCGCCGGCAUCGAACGAGUUCUGGACCUUUUCAAUUGAUCAGUUCGCCUUCCAUGAUAUUCCGGACAGCAUACAGUAUAUCCUCGAUGUCACGGGACAGCCCUCACUAUCAUAUAUUGGUUUUUCACAGGGGACAGCCCAGGCAUUUGCAACCCUGUCGAUUCAUCCACUAUUAAAUCAGAAAGUCGAUGUCUUCGUGGCGCUUGCGCCUGCCAUGGCUCCAUCUGGGCUUGCAAACCGCAUUGUCACGUCUUUAAUGAAAGCCUCGCCCGACUUUUUGUUUCUACUUUUCGGCCGGCGCAGCAUCCUCAGCUCGACAACCAUGUGGCAGACGAUCCUCUAUCCUCCGAUCUAUGUUCGCAUAAUCGACAUCUCCCUAUCGAUUCUUUUUAACUGGAAGUGCCAGAACAUCAGCUCCUACCAGAAACUGGCAGGGUACCUUCACCUGUAUUCAUUCACGAGUACCAAGUCCGUGGUCCACUGGUUCCAAAUCAUUCGCAAUAAAAACUUCCAGUUCUUUGAUGAUGAAGUCUACGCGCCGUUCAGCCUCGGGGUGAGCGAGCGUUUUUACAAGCCUGUCAAAUACCCAACCAGGAACAUCAAGACUCCAAUUGUGAUGCUGUAUGGUGAGAAUGAUAGCCUCGUUGAUAUCGACGUGAUGCUGCAGAGCCUUCCUCGCGAAACUAUCGCAAAGCCCAUCCCGAAGUAUGAGCAUUUGGAUUUUCUGUGGGCCAAGGAUGUGGAUAAGAAAGUAUUCGGCCAUGUCUUCGAAGCCCUUGAGAGCUACAGCACAGGGUUUCAGAGUCGUGGACAGGUCAAUGGAUUAAUUGUUGAUACCAAUGGCGAUUCCACAUCUCACAGGCCAGCCAUUGAAAUCAAGGCUUCUGAAAGACAUUCUGGUCACAGCCCACAGUCUAAGCCAUCUUCUCUGUCUCAUGUUUGA